UCUCUGGAGCCCCGAGAACCAAUGAGAAGCCAGGGGGCGUAUCACCUGAGCCCGGUAGAGGGUAGGCCGCGCGGAACCCAGUUACCUUACGGGCUGGAGCCACGGGCGGAAUGUUUCUCUUGCUGGGACCGUCCGGAGUCGGGAAGACGCUGCUGGUGAAGCGCCUGCAGACUAUCCUUUCGCGAGUCUGGGAGUGGGGCGUGCGGGGACGGGGACUUAGGUUUGGGGGGUGGCGGACAAAGUCGAGGGUGUUGCGGGGUCCGACGGCCGUUCCAGUCCUUGACUGCCCCGCACAGCUGAGCUCCCAGGACGGGAAGGGCGACCUGGGCGAGCCGCCCCCGACGUGGCCCACGGUAGGCGACAGCCUUCCGCAACUUGGGUGGAGUCGUGACGCCCUCGGGAAACGAGCGGGACUGGAGAGGGAUCCCGGCUCCAGGCUGGAGGGUUGGUCCGGGCUACCAGCUCUCGGGAGGGUCCCCUGCAAGAUUGCACCCAUGUGGUUUUCCCCCCAGGUGGGCACCAACCUGACGGACAUCGUGGCCCAGAGGAAGGUCACCAUCCGGGAGCUGGGGGGAUGCAUGGGCCCCAUUUGGUCCAGUUACUUUGGGGACUGCCACGCUCUCCUGUUUAUGGUGGAUACCUCGAACCCCACCCAGCUGUCUGUAUCCUGCGCACAACUCUUGGGUCUCCUUUCAGCAGAACAACUGGCAGGAGCAUCUGUCCUGAUACUCUUCAAUAAAAUUGACCUGCCCUGCUACAUGAGCACAGAGGAGAUGAAGUCUUUGCUCAGGCUUCCUGACAUCAUUGCCUGCGCCACACAGAACAUCAGCACAGUAGAAAUCAGCGCCCGGAAAGGCACCGGCUUGCCAGGGGUGCUCCGCUGGCUCCAGGACACCCACAGGAGCCAUGUGUGACCAUAGGAGAGCAGUGCCCGCCUGGAUCCUCCAGGGUGCAAGUGAACAGCUAUACUGUGUCCAGUGGUGCUGGCAGUGGCAGGAUGACCCCUCACCCCCUCCCAGGAGCCCCAGGGUGUGGGUGGCAGACUGCUCUGCUGAGUCUUACUAAAAGAACUGUCCACAGCUGGCUUUUGUUCCUAGGCCUUAGUUUCCUGCUGCCAACAGGGGGUGGUACUAUUGGCACUUAUCUCUGGCUCUAAGAGCUGGUGGGUUUCUGACACAUGGACAGUUUGUCCUUGCUUGCCCUGUCUGCAGUGAAGGUUGUAGGAGAAACAGUGAGUCCCAGUGGGGAAGGCAUUUUUGUAAGUUCACUUGUUCUGUAAACCUUGAUUGCACAGAGCCUGAAGGGUACAGAUUCCCUUGGGCAGCUUCAAGGGAGCUAAGGAGAGGCCCGGCAGUGCACCCCAGUGGGAAGGUCAGGGCUGCCUCUGGGUUGGGUAUGCCUGCCCAGAUGCUCAGUGAAUCACUGUAUUCCACAACUCUUCCUUCCU